AUGGCGGCGGCGGCGGCGGCUAUUGCGGCGAGGCUCGGCGCCUGCGGCCGGGCGCUGCUCCUGCGAACGCCUUUGCCCCGCCUCGCCCAGUACAGGACAUGCACGCCGGAGCAGAUGAGAGCCGCCGCAGCCCGCGCCGCGCAAAUCAACAAGACCAAGGAGCAGCUCUUCGACAUGGUCCAUGGCCAUGUUAGCAGCGCCCACGAUGUCCCCCACAAGACGGACCGGCGCUACCUGCUGCUCAUGCAGCUACUCUCCUCACAGAUCAAGCCUAGACCCAAGGACCCUGUCUGGCGUGUCUGCCGACGUACCGAAAGAUGCAAUACUUUCUUCAAAUUUCUGGGGGUGGGUACUUCUGGCAUUUUGGGCGUAAUUGGCAUCCACGCCUUGCUCACACGAGUAGUCCCGCAACCAAAGAAGUUGGUUGCUGACUGGUGGAAUAACGUUACCAGCUGAAUCGACCAUCUUGCCGCGAUCUCUUCAGCAAUAAUAUCAGGCUGAAUAUGUAUAUUUCAGAAUAAAUAUGUAUAUUUCAGCUUUGAGGUUUAUAGUAGUAAUUAGCUAGUGUUAUGGAAGGACGAUCUAUCUUUCAUC